UGCGCGUAGCGCAGUGGGACUAUAUAUUUUGCGACGCGUUAUAUUCGCGAAUUCAUACACUUGUACGUAAUGUGCAGACGAUUUAUUUUACACAACGGCUCUAAAUAUCCGAUGACAUUCAAAUUGAAUAUAGUCAUUAAAUGAAAUAGGUAGUCUAUCGCUGUAGUACAUAAAUGAUGUCAGUUAGUGCAAUAAUAAUGUUCAGUAUUAAAAAUGGCGCUACCUGCCAACAUGGGGUCGAUUGUGUUAAGAAGUUUAUCUGUGCUUCUCGGAAUAUUUUUUAUAUUUGUUGGGGUAAUGAAAAUUACCUCACAAGUCAGUAAAGACCUUCAUAAAGACCUGAGAAAAGAAUAUGUCAAAUAUGCAAAAGUAUUUCCACUGUCAGAAGCACUGGAUUUUAAGGUUCCAUCCAAGUGGUAUCGACGAACAGUAGGCACUCUAGAAAUAAUUUGUGGAUUGGCAAUGGCAUUCAUUCCAAGUAAUGCAGUAAAGCAAGGGGCCAAUAUUGUGUUACUGAUAAUGAUGAUGAUGGCUGUUUAUUCACAUUAUAUGGUAAAUGAUAAAUUUGAAAGGAUUGCACCGGCAUUGGUGUUUUUCUUCAUGCUGACAGGAAGAUUAGUUAUUGACUGGCAACUAAGAAGAAGAGAAGUAAAUGAAGUGGUUGCUGUUAACGGAGAGAAGAAGCAAAACUGAAAAGAGCAAUAGAAAUAAAUCCCAAAAGCAAAACAAAUGGAUCAGUUCCGAUACCACAGAAACAUAAGAAGUACUUUGAUUUUCUGAAGCAUUUGUAUCAGAAAACGUUUUUCCUUCUCAUAAAUGGGAAAUGUCAUGAAGAUAUAUGAAUGCUGAAGAAGAUGAGUGUAAAUUAAUGUACAUCAGGAAAGCAGCUAUUCUGAAAAUGUGAAUUAUAACAUUGGCCCUGAUGUUUAUGAUAAAAAUUAUAAUUUUUGUAAAACAAUAUUAUGACUGGAUAGGUUUCAAGCUGGUUCAGCUCUGACUGUGAGUUCACGUGUUCACCUCAGUGAGUUUUAGAACAGCAAUUGUUUUAGAUUUGAUUAAAGCUCGUACUGUCAUGGUUGUCAAGAUCAAUUUUCAUGCUGUGCUACACAAAAUGUAUUUGAAAUGAAGACACAUCCAGACUCACAAAUCUUCACUUAAUAUAUGUAUCUUUUAAAACGUUCACUUAUCACAGUUUCUUUCUAAAGGCAUUGAUGUUGUUUUUUCUAUAAAUUUUUUGGGGGUUUAUUUUACAGUAUCUCAGACUAUAGGUUUCCAAAUGAUAGGAUUAAUGGUGAGUAAUGAAUUUAAAGGAAUCUGGAAGGAAAUGAUCAUGGCCUAAUCAGGGAGUAGUCCUGGAAUUUGCCUUGAGGGACUGAGGAGAGUCAUGAGAAACUUCAGUUAGGACAGCUGGUGUCCUGGCUGAGAUUCAAAUUGCACCAUCCUGCUCAGUUGUGAAGACUCAUUCUGUUUCAGAGUUACAGGCAGUGGAGUCAUAACUUACAAUGUAAGUAAUUAUAUUAUGAUUGUGACUUUCUGGGUUUGGCACUAUCUUCUCUUCAAAAUGUGAAAGCCUGUUAUUCACACUUUGUAGAAACAAGGGAAUUUUCUCUAAAGGACCAGACAUGUAUAUCCAUUUAACUCAUCCUUCCUAAAAACAAGCCCUGAAAAGAGCAUUUCCUGUUCUAUACUUCUCAUUGGCCCAGUCACAGCUCUAUCUACUUUCCUCCACUCCCUGGCCCUGAGUGGCUAAUCUUAUUUCCUUCAGUCUGAUCCCUCCACCUUUUCUGUCCCAGGUCUAGUAACUUCUAUUCUGGAGAUGGACACAGGAUGUUCUUUGUAAAUAUUGGUAACCACCUACAAGACUACUUGGUCUGAAAACCCAUAGGACCAUAAUCUAAAUUUUUAUCUCCAUUUAAACCUCAAAUCUUUUAUAAAGAUGUUCAUCAGAAUGUUCUGUUACCAGCUAGACAUGAGUUGCAAUAUAUCUCACAUCAGAUGUUAUCUCACACAUCCUAAAACAUUUAGUAAAUGUUUUUAUGUUAUAGGAAUAUGUGAGAUGCAUUUCUUGACACUAGUCUUAUGUUCAUAUGUCCACUGUGAACUUUCAUAUCAUAAAGUAUGUACAUAAGUAUUUGCAUUUCCUAUAUUUUCUCCUUGUAGAGUAUAAACAUUUAGGCCUUUGUUAUAAAAUUAUAAUUCAAAUUAGGUAAUUUGAAAGAAUGUCAUUAUACAUAAAAUGAAAAUAUGGAUUUAAGCAGUUAAGGAUGCUGUAAGAGUCUGAUAAGUGAACUCGUUGAUGGUACCUUGUCUAACAAGUUGUACCUAUAAACAUUGUACAUGAUGAUUGUUCUAGUCAAGAUUCAUAGUGAGAAUACUACAUAACACAGUGCUUUCUUUUUCUUGCUUUAGAAGUAGUUGUUACAGCCACAGUUGGACUUUCUCUAUAUUCUGUAGAGGAAUAAGUUUAAAAAUAAAAAAUGAGAAUGAGAUGAACCCCCAGAGAUAUAAAUACAUAACUGUCAGAUACUCAUGACUGAACAUGUGUUCUCCUCCACACAUGCACACAAAGAUAUAAAUGUGGCAUAUAUUUUAUUAACAUUUGGAUAAGGAUCUUGUUCAUUAGCACUGUUAAACUGUGUUAAAAACAUCUCUGGGGGAGCAUCAUUAUCUGAUAGUCAUGUA